AAUAACGUAAUGCGUCAAGAAAGACCGGAAUUGUUUGUCGGAAUACCUGAAAAGAACGUCAGACCUCCGGUCACGAUAAGUCUCGACACACCGUUGACCAAUGUGCUACCCGUAGCUGUUGAAGAGUCUGUUUCUUUAAUGAACGAGAUAACGUUUGAAUUAGAAGCGCUUAGUGGAACCGCACAAAAUGCGUCACAAUCAGGUGAUUCACGGGAAACGGUACGCAAUCACGUGCGUAAUCCCUCGGGUAAAUUAUUUGGUUUGGAGGAACUCUUGAUGGCGGAUCAUAUAUCACCUCUGCCCACAAUCAAAAAGGAGUCGCCUAAUGUUCCGUCUUCAGAGGAACUGAAGAGAAAGGAAUCUUCUGGACCAUUCAAAGGUGGUUCGUUAUUGGAUUAUGACGAAAAGAAUCCUCCCAUCAAACAACAGGAAGUUGAGGUCGUGAAAUUUGCAAAAGGCUCGUUAUUGGCGUCGAGUGAAAGUUUAUUUGAACAAGCCAAAGAACGGGAAAAAAUUCGUCGGGCCAUGGGUGGCGUUGGAAUCAUGAAAGAUUCGAACUCUAGCACAUUGGUUCAAAUGAAUGAAGGCGUUCGUUUCCAUAAGGGAUCCUUAUUGGCGAAGAGCACCGAAUCACCGGAUUACGAGGUCAAUGAAAGGCCGUCACGAUUGAAUAGAAAGCCGUCUAAUGGAACGCUUUUAUCAAUCGAUCUGCCUGUAACAAGUCCGCGUAGCACCUCACCACGAUUCUUGUCCCCCACUGGGAAUGGAAAGCCUUUACUCGAUAUCAAUAUGAAGACGGAAUCACAACAUACGCUAGAAUUAAGAAAUGCGAAUUUCCAACCAUUAUUGAGUUUUGUUCCUGGGGAACAGCCCUCGAAAUCUCCUCGUCUAAAUAAAUCUGAAAGUUCGGAUGUCUCAGAUACGGAGAUCGCAGAAGGCGAGAAUGAAAAUUAA